AUGACCUGCAUUUUGGAAUUGUUGGAAGAGAAAUUGAAGAGAACAUGUACUGAAGUGAAUUUGUUGGAAGUGGAAUUGGGUUUAGAAAAGUCUAAAUGUAUUAAAGUAAUAGAAGUAUUUGCAAAAACUUCUUUGAUUGAUAGUCUUACAUCUUUGUGGCACACUUAUGAUCCACAACAUUUACCAAUGUCUGAUUGGUUUCAACCAUCACAAAGUUCCUUUAAUCUCAAUAGAAGACCAAAUAGCAAAGAUGAAAAAGACUAUCAGACUUUUUUUUGUAAUGAAAUCCUAUCACAAUUACCAGAAAACCAUUACAUUAAAGUUCUUGACACUCAUAAUUGUUUUUACUUGGAUGGGCUGGCACCAAAUAUCUCAGCUUUGCACAGUGACUAUGAAUUAGAUAUUCAUGUAAUCAAUUCAGUUGGUGAUAUUAAACCAAGGAAAACACCAACAUUUGCAUUCCAAGAUGUGCAUAAAGGACAAGUCUUAAACUAUGGUAUCAAAAUAUUACAGCAUCAAAGGGAACGAUAUGAAGUGACAAAUUUUCUGACAGACUUUUAUGAGAUUGUAUUUAUUCGUGUUGUCAAAGAAGAGCAGAAAAAUGGAUUGCAAUUCACAGUCCAUUUUUCUAGUCUUUUCCAAUUUGAUGGUGAAGGAAGUAAAUAUAUACAAGCUUUAUUAUUUGAGAUGUCAUACCAUCCUGAAAUUG